ACCUGGUGCAGCAGGAGGGAAGAGACAGAUUCACGGCGGGAGAGGAGCAGGUGCACGUGGAAUUCGGGCUGGGAUCCAAGCCCCCCCUGGCUGCUUUGCAUCCCGAGAACCUCCAUCUGUCACUGAUGGAGGCGCUCGGAGGUGACGGCCAAGGGACAUCCAGAAAUGAGCUCGGCAGCCCGCAGAGGCUGCGGGACAGCGGGGAGCGGGGCGAGGCAGUGUCCGAGCCCGGGCUGAACGUGGGCAGAGCCCCGGGGCUGGGUCUGCUCCACGCCGCCAAAAUCCAGCCCACCCGCCCUGCCCAGAGCGCCAGGGCCACUGCCAGGGGCUUGGAGUGGUUUCCAGACUUGUAUCCCGAUUAUGAAGGGCUGAGGAUUUUCCCAGGGAAGCAUUUCCACGAGGAUUUGAGGAUCGCGGCAGAGACGCCCAAGGGUGAUUUCACACAGGGGCAGCAAGGUCCCCUCUCAGAGAGGCCCCUGAUGGAGGUGAGGCUGGGGGAGCUGCACUCCUGGAUCAGAACCUGCAACUUCUCUCCCCAGGGGCUGCUGGGAGCAGCGCAGAGAGCCUGGAGCAGUUAUUGUGCCAAAUACAUCCACGUGAAGCAGGGGGGACCUGCUGGAAUCUCCAUGCUCCUGGCUGGCUACUGCCUGUUCAGCUAUGGCUGGAACUACCAGCACUUCAAGCGGCACCGCUGGCGAAAAUACCACUGAAGGAGCUGGAGCAGCAGCCAAGGAACAGCCACAGCUCCUGGGGAGCAGCAGAGCAGCCAGGACUGGGAUCCCAGCAGCAAUUCCCAGCAGCAGGGGCCUGGCUGGAGCUGGAGCUGAGGAGGGGCCGCUUUGCAGGUCGGCUUGUGUAGCAGAGAGGGGACAGGGCCAGCCUGUGGUCCCCCCUCCGUGGGUCAGGCAGCUUGCAGUAGUGACAUGAGAAGCAUGAGAGGCACCCUGAGAGAGCUGUGUGGGCAGGAGAGCUCCUGGAGGCUGCAGAGUCCCAGAGCCCUUGUUGGGGACAGGGGACAGCACCUUGGCCUGAGCUGUCACUAGAGAUUAGUUCUGCUGUAGCAGGGUGAGCUUCAACCCCAGCAACCAUUCCCUUCAAAUCCAGAGCUGUGCCUGGCCCAGCCCGCUUUGUACUCACCCCUUGUCCUGGUGGGACUGGUGAAGGCACCGGAGCAGCAGCUCAGACCACAGUGCCCUAAUUCCAGGGAAGAAAAAUCCAUGGGAUGAGCUGUUGUGCCCAAAGGGCAAACAGCCCUGCAGCAGACAAACCAGGACAGUCAGGAGUGCUAGUUGGAGCCUGCCAUUCCCAGACAUGUCUGGGAAAGGGUUGCUCAUGUUGCAGGCAUGAAGGGCAAAAAGAAAAGCCAAGAAUUAAAAGUCUGAGCUCUUUAUUAUGCAGAGUGCAGUAGUGCCAUGACAGAGGUGUUGCACCAAAAACUCUUCUCACCAGCAAUAAAAAUUUGUGUGGAUUUUCCUUUCCAGCUUGGGUUGUGGUCUGAAAUGUGAUGCUUUGUGCCCCCUUCCCAAAGGGACGAGCACAUCCUCACCCCUGUGCCCAGGAUCCUGGCACCAGCCAGUCCUGCACCCCUCCAAACCCUGGGAAUGCUGCUGCUGUCCCAGCCUGCCCACAGCCAGCAGUGCCAGGAGCAGCAGCCAGCUGUGGGAAGUCCCAAAUUUCAUUGCUUGAAGUGAUUUCUGUGCCAGCUGUGAGCUGGUGCUGGGCAAACCCCGCUGGCUUUUCCAUCCAGCAGCUGCUUUGGUGCCGUGUCCAUCGUGUUCUGUGGUUUCCUCCUUGCCUGGUCCGUGUGGGAGCACUGGAGUCACUUCCCCAGCAGCAUUUCCAGCCGUGUCCUCCUGCUCUCACUGCCACAGGGACUGACUGAUCUGCUCUGGGGGCACAGGGAAUGGGGCUGUGCUGGAUCAGCCACCGCCACGUGUUGGUUUUGACCCCAUUUCCAAUGGGAUGGGAUCAUGGAAACAGCACCCCCAGGCCUCCAACUACACCAAACCUCUCAGCCAGGAGGAUUUGUUGUUCCCAGUGGUUAUCGCCACUGAAAUCCCUCCCCCUGCUGGUUCCCACCCCAGCUCCAGGGGGACAGGGCCAGAUAACACAAGGAAAAGACAUUUCCAAGCAAAGUGGCUGUUUGGGGAGCACUCUGGAAAUCCCCACAGCUCCUGCUGCUCCUCAUCCACCCUCCAAGGUGAGACUGCUGCUCCCAGCCCU